CUUUGCAAAUUAUUUGUAGAAAAAGUGUCUACUUUUCAACUUAUCUCUAAAUACAAUCCGAAAACUGACCCGUACAUACCCGACCCGGAUCUAUUAGACACUCGUUCUUCGUCGUUAUCAAUUCGGAGAUGAUUCCGUUUCCUCUGUUACCAACGCCGAUUGAAACCAACUACAGAGCUUGCACCAUUCCUUAUAGAUUCCCUUCCGAUAAUCUCAAGAAAGCCACUCCUACUGAAAUCUCCUGGAUCAACGUCUUCGCCAAUUCCAUUCCUUCUUUCAAGAAACGUGCAGAGAGCGAUACCAGUGUUCCAGAUGCUCCUGCUAGAGCUAAAAUUUUUGAACAAAGAUAUGCGGGAUUUCUUGAAGGCUGGAAGAAAGAUCCAGAGAGUAAUGGUGGGCCACCAGAUGGUGUUAUUCUCGGCCGAGUUCGUGAGCAUUUACUCAGAGAGUUAGGAUUUAGGGACAUAUUCAAGAAAGUCAAGGAUGAGGAGAAUGCAAAGGCUAUAUCACUAUUUCCUGAAGUUGUCAGUCUGAGUGAUGCUAUUGAAGAUGACGGAGAACGGUUAGAGAAUUUGGUGAGAGGGAUAUUUGCUGGAAACAUCUUUGAUCUUGGUUCUGCACAGCUUGCUGAGGUUUUCUCAAGGGAUGGCAUAUCUUUCUUGGCUACCUCUCAAAACUUGGUUCCACGACCAUGGGUCAUCGAUGACUUGAACAAGUUCCAAGCCAAAUGGGUCAAGAAGCCUUGGAAGAAGGCAGUGAUUUUUGUUGAUAAUUCUGGUGCAGACAUAAUUUUGGGUAUUUUGCCUUUCGCAAGAGAGUUGCUCCGUCGAGGAAUUCAGGUGGUGCUAGCUGCUAACGAGCUGCCAGCUAUCAACGAUGUAACAUAUACUGAGCUUACAGAUAUCGUGUCGCAGUUAAAGGAUGGAAAUGGCCAAUUGAUAGGCGUUGAUACUUCAAAGCUUCUGAUUGCAAAUUCAGGGAACGAUUUAGCGGUUAUUGAUCUCUCAAGAGUAUCGCACGAGCUUGCUUACCUUUCAUCUGAUGCAGACUUAGUCAUCCUAGAAGGCAUGGGUCGCGGGAUCGAGACAAACCUUUAUGCUCAGUUCAAGUGUGAUUCUCUCAAGAUCGGAAUGGUAGUACUUUCUCUAUGUCACGUUACUCUCUCUUUAUUCUGACUUGUCAUGAACAUCUUUGGUUAUGCAGGUGAAGCACGUUGAAGUAGCACAGUUUCUCGGAGGACGACUUUACGACUGUGUCUUUAAAUUCAAUGAAGUUCAGAGUUAAUUACAUUUCAAUGAUAUUGUACUGAAUCAUCCAUUCGAUAUAUCAUUUUAUCAAACGAAAUCAACCUAGAUUCCUAACAAAA